UCGCAAUCCGCGCAGCCUCGUUCGCGACGACCGCGGAAACGGCAACCCGCGGCGGACAACUACGACACCGACACCUCUACCACCGCCAACAACCACAACACCAGCAACAGCAGCAGCAGCAGCAACGGCGACAAACCGUCAAAACCACGCAUCCCACAAAGCAAGACGAGUCUAGCCGAGAUGCGCAAGCGGGUAGCUGCGAUCCUGGAGUUCAUAGGCCGCACGCAGAUCGACAUGGCGACCGAGCAAGACGAGCGGAAACGGCUGUACGAGUUAAGCCGGAAGCCUAUUGACGGGAGGACGACGGCGGCCGCGGUGGUGGAGGUGGAGGUUGGGCAGGAGGAGGUGGACGGGGUGUUUGGGACGCAGAAGGUGAGUUUGGAGAUGAUGGAUGGGUUGACGCGGAAGUUGCUCAAGUGGGAACAGGAGUUUGGACGGCAUGGCGAUCGCCUGUGAGAUGUUUAUGAGUUGUGGUAAUGUAAUAUGUAAUAAUGA